AUGGCUCUCGAAGCACCUUUUCUGCCUCCGUGGCCUACUCAAACUGCUGUUCGCGGACUGGAUGAGGACCUUCGAAGUCCACGCCCAGCCACGACUGCAGCGCCGUCGAGAGAACCUGGUCUACAACAACGACAGGUACAGGCUUUAAGCAGCCUCACCUCAGUAUGUGGAUACAUCAGCGCGAACGCUUCCUAUCCGGUCAGCUGCCGCAAUGCCUACUGCGCAUCUAACUACGUCUUCAAUGCAGUCGGGUGUUGUUCGUCGUACCGGACGACGUCGAUAUCACAAGUCGUUUUGGACUCAUGCCAUUACAAGGUGGCUUGCAUCGACGCAGAUCAACCCGCCGGCUAUUGUGACGAAAAUUGUCAAUCCAAUGACAUGAUCCUGAAAUGUACGGAAGGCUCGUCAACGUACUGCAAUACCUUCAAAUAUGCUCCCUAUGACUACACUGGCUUUGCCUGUGGAACCUACUAUGGGAGUUACAAUGUUGAGCAGGGCACCACGACGAAGGGGGUGGCGAGCCAUCCAGAAUGGGUGACGACAACAUGGUCGCCCGAGGCCUUCGAGACCGAACCGGUAGCCAUAAGCACCAUGACCAAUACGCCUCCUCGCAUUUCGCAGAGCUCCAACGAACUAGGACACCAUGUCGGUGAGAUUAUGGCUGGUGUGGUCGGUGCAGUGUUCGGCCUUAUCAUCAUCAUCUCGCUCAUAAUGUUUUUCUGCCUCCGCAAGCGAUCGCGAACGCAUGGACCAGUCAGAUUGAAUACGAGGCAGGAAUAUGGGCAGCCUCUGAUGCAGAAUCAUCGAGCACAACCAAGUCCGGGACAGCUCCCUCAGGCAUAUUACCCCGAGGUCGAGGCUGUAAGGCUGUAG